AUGUUGUCUGCAGAGGAGAUCCUGUGUAACACGCAGCAGGUGAUCGCAGGGCUGGAGGCGCUGAGGGGGGAGAACUGCAGCCUGCUGGAGAGUCUGACGGAGAGCCGGACGGCGCCGUCGGAGAGCGGCAGCGUGGAGCAGGAGAAGACGGGCAUCAUCCGCCAGUCUCUGGAGAGGAUAGAGCUGGGGCUGAGCGAGGCGCAGGUGAGAAGAUCAGGUGUUCAACAGGUGACAGGAACUCAGGUGACAGGAGCUCCUGAGCUGACGGACGUUUAUCAGAGACGGACACAAACCAGCUGGAAAAAAACUGAUGAAGAUAAAGGAGGAGGAGUGAGGAGAUCUGAGUUUUUAAACCUCCUUUAACGUUUUCUCCUGUUGGAGUUUCUUCUCCUUUAUUCUCUGAUCUCCAUCCUCUCAUCGUCUCCACAGGUCAUGAUGGCGUUAUCAGCUCACCUGGGUUCUCUGGAGGCGGAGAAACAGAAGCUGCGCACUCAGGUCUGUCCUCCUCCCUCACCUGUCCUCCUCCUUCACCUGUCCUCCUCCUCCCUCACCUGUCCUCCUCCUCCUCCAUCUUCACCUGUCCUCCUCCUUCACCUCUCCUCCUCCUCCUCCUUCACCUCUCCUCCUCCUCCCUCACCUGUCCUCCUCCUUCACCUCUCCUCCUCCCUCUCUCGUUGUUUUUCUCCCACCUCCAUCCUCUUCUCCUUUUUUCUCUCUUCUCAAUAAUUUCCCUCCAUCAUCACCUUCCUCCUCCUCCUCGUCUUCACCUCCUCCUGCUGUGUCCUCCUCAGGUACGUCGUUUGUGUCAGGAGAACCAGUGGUUGAGGGACGAGCUGGCUGGAGCUCAGCAGCGGCUGCAGGACAGAGAGCAGGACGUGGUCACGCUGGAGGAGCAGAACAAACAUCUACAGUUCAUGUCGUCCAUCCGCAAAUACGACCAGGAGGAGCCGCAGCUGGUGUGUGUGUGUGUGUGUGUGUGUGUGUGUGUGUGUGUGUGUGUGUGUGUGUGUGUGUGUGUGUGUGUCUGUGUGUGUGUGUGUGUGUGUGUGUGUGUGUGUGUGUUUCUGUGUGUGUCUGUGUGUGUGUGUGUGUCUGUGUGUCUGUGUGUGUGUGUGUGUGUGUGUGUGUGUGUCUGUGUGUGUGUGUGUGUGUGUGUGUGUGUGUGUGUGUGUGUGUGUGUGUGUGUGUGUGUGUGUGUGUGUGUGUGUGUGUGUGUGUGUGUGUGUGUGUUUCUGUGUGUGUCUGUGUGUGUGUGUGUGUGUGUGUGUGUGUGUCUGUGUGUGUGUGUGUGUGUGUGUGUGUCUGUGUGUGUGUGUGUGUCUGUGUGUCUGUGUGUGUGUGUGUGUGUGUGUGUGUGUGUCUGUGUGUGUGUGUGUGUGUGUGUCUGUGUGUGUCUGUGUGUGUGUGUGUGUCUGUGUGUGUGUGUGUGUGUGUGUGUGUGUGUGUGUGUGUGUGUUGGUCUGAUCUGAUCUCCUGAUAUUUGGGGGCUUCAUGAAUCCGUUGGUCCCUCUGAGAUCUCAGUCUCAUCUUUAAUCUGAAAUAAUCUGGAUAAUCUGAGAGGACCUGUUUUCGUUUCAGGAGGACAAAGACACGACGUCCAACAAAGAGUCUCUGGAUGAUCUUUUCCCCACCGAGGACGAGGAGCAGACUCAGAGUAAGGAUGUGUGGACUCAGACCUGAUCAGUUUUUGGUUCUGCUCCUGAUGGUACUGGACUGGACUGUGUCCCUGGUUCUGUUGAAGGAGUCCCGGUCAUGUUUUCCAAAUGUCUUCACACUCAGUGAAGACAUUUGGAGCUGUGACGGGACAUUUCAGACCAUGACUCACAGACCGAGAGAAUGAGCCGAACACACGGGACAGAGGAUCAGGGUCAGGGUCUGGGUCUGGGUCAGGGUCUGGGUCAGGGUCUGGGUCAGACCCGCUUUAAAAAAGGUCCAGAACUGAUUUUAACAGGAAACACGUAUUCAGAGGUUUGGUCCUUCAUCUCAGCAGCUCCUCUUCUUCAGGAGGAUCUGGACCAACCGUCUCCAGUUCAAUCAGAUUCAUGUUGUUGUUGUGAAGCUGUUUGUGAAGUUGUGGUCCUCACCCGUCCUCACCCGUCCUCACCCGUCCCUCCCCCGUCCUCACCCGUCCUCCCCCGUCCUCCCUCGUCCUCACCCGUCCUCCCCCGUCCUCACCCGUCCUCACCCGUCCUCCCUCGUCCCCCCGUCCUCACCCGUCCUCACUCUUGUCCUCCCUCGUCCUCCCUUGUCCUCACCCGUCCUCCCUCGUCCCCCCUGUCCUCACCCGUCCUCCCUCGUCCUCACUCUUGUCCUCCCUCGUCCUCCCCCGUCCUCACCCGACCUCCCCCGUCCUCACCCCUCCCUCACCCAUCCUCACCCGUCCUCCCUCGUCCUCCCUCGUCCUCCCUCGUCCUCACCCCUCCCUCACCCAUCCUCACUCGUCCUCCCUCGUCCUCCCCCGUCCUCCCCCGUCCUCCCUCGUCCUCACCCGUCCUCCCCCGUCCUCCCUCGUCCUCACCUGGCCUCACCCGUCCUCACCCGUCCUCCCUCGUCCUCCCUCGUCCUCACCCCUCCCUCACCCAUCCUCACCCGUCCUCCCUCGUCCUCACCCGUCCUCCCCGUCCUCCCCCGUCCUCCCUCGUCCUCACCCGUCCUCCCUCGUCCUCACCCGUCCUCCCUCGUCCUCACCUGUCCUCACCCGUCCUCCCUCGUCCUCCCCCGUCCUCCCUCGUCCUCCCCGUCCUCCCUCGUCCUCACCUGUCGUCCCUCGUCCUCACUCGUCCUCACCCCUCCCUCACCCGUCCUCCCUCGUCCUCACCCCUCCCUCACCCGUCCUCCCUCGUCCUCCCUCGUCCUCACCCGUCCUCCCUCGUCCCCCCGUCCUCACCCAUCCUCCCUCGUCCUUACCCUUGUCCUCCCUCGUCCUCCCCCGUCCUCCCUCGUCCUCACUCAUCCUCCCCCGUCCUCACCUGUCACCCCCCGUCCUCCCUCGCCCUCCCUCGUCCUCCCUCGUCCUCACCCGUCCUCCCUCGUCCCCCCGUCCUCACCCGUCCUCCCUCGUCCCCCCGUCCUCACCCGUCCUCCCUCGUCCUCACUCUUGUCCUCCCUCGUCCUCCCUUGUCCUCACCCGUCCUCCCUUGUCCUCACCCGUCCUCCCUCGUCCCCCCUGUCCUCACCCGUCCCCCCUGUCCUCACCCGUCCUCCCUCGUCCUCACUCUUGUCCUCCCUCGUCCUCCCCCGUCCUCACCCGACCUCCCCCGUCCUCACCCUUGUCCUCCCUCGUCCUCCCUCAUCCUCCCCCGUCCUCCUUCGUCCUCACCCCUCCCUCACCCGUCCUCCCUCGUCCUCACCCCUCCCUCACCCGUCCUCCCUCGUCCUCACCCGUCCUCCUUCGUCCUCCCUCGUCCUCACCCGUCCUCCCUCGUCCUCAUUCGUCCUCCCUUGUCCUCACCCGUCCUCCCUCGUCCUCACUUGUCCUCACCCGUCCUCACCCGUCCUCCCUCGUCCUCACCCCUCCCUCACCCGUCCUCCCUCGUCCUCACUUGUCCUCACCCGUCCUCCCUCGUCCUCACCCCUCCCUCACCCGUCCUCCCUCGUCCUCCCUUGUCCUCCCUCGUCCUCCCUCGUCCUCACCCGUCCUCCCUCGUCCUCCCCCGUCCUCCCUCGUCCUCCCCCGUCCUCACCCGUCCUCACUCGUCCUCACCCGUCCUCCCUCGCCCCCCCCUGUCCUCACCUGUCCUCCCUCGUCCUCCCUCGUCCUCCCUCGUCCUCCCUCGUCCUCACCUGUCCUCCCCUGUCUUCCCUGGUCCUCACCCGUCCUCACGUCUCUGUGUCUCCUCAGUGUCUCAGCCUCAUCACAGCAGUGCAGCAGCUGCGGCCCAGCAGGGCGGCUACGAGAUCCCCGCCCGCCUACGAACGCUUCACAACCUGGUCAUCCAGUACGCCUCCCAGGGGCGGUACGAGGUGGCCGUGCCGCUCUGCAAACAGGUGAGCGACGUCCAAUCACAGACAAGGACAACCAGGGUGACCAGGUUCGGUUCUCUGGGUCCCGGUUUGUCCCGGUCCUGUUCAGACUCACAGACCGUCUGAUCAUGUUUCUGUUUCUCUGAAUUUGUGACUCAAACAUCUGGUCUCUGCAGGCUUUGGAGGACCUGGAGAAGUCCUCAGGACACACCCACCCAGACGUCGCCACCAUGCUGAACAUCCUGGCGCUGGUUUACAGGUGAGUUUGAGGACCACCAGGACCAGUCCCCCUGUUAGAGGUCCAGUUAGGCUCUGAUCAGGGUCUCUGCUGUGGAGUCAGUCCAACAGGACCAACGAAAUCACAGAGAAUCAAACCGAAGAAGAAGAAGAAGAAGGUCAGAGGUGGUCAUGUGACGUGGGUGACUGUGCUGACUCGUGUUUUUUCCUCGCAGAGACCAGAACAAGUACAAAGAAGCGGCGAACCUGCUGAACGACGCCUUAACCAUCAGAGAGAAGACUCUGGGCGUGGACCACCCCGCCGUGAGUUUAAUAACGUAGACCUCAGGUGGUCCUGGGACACAGACCGGACCCCCCCCCUUAAUGUCUGAUCUGUGUCUGUUCAGGUGGCGGCGACUCUCAACAACCUGGCGGUUCUUUACGGCAAAAGAGGAAAAUACAAGGAGGCGGAGCCUCUGUGCAAACGCGCUCUGCAGAUCAGAGAGAAGGUGAGACAUUCAGUGUUGGUGCCGACCCACAAACCCGAACCCUGUCCGAUCAAAACCAGAAUCAGAGAGUCAAGGUUCUGACUGCCUCCACCAUGACGGUUCUAAACCGGUUUUUGUGUCUGGACCCCCCUCAGGUUCUGGGUACCGACCACCCAGACGUGGCGAAGCAGCUGAACAACCUGGCGCUGCUGUGUCAGAACCAGGGGAAGUACCAGGAGGUGGAGCAGUACUACGACCGGGCCCUACACAUCUACCAGAACAAACUGGGACCAGACGACGCCAACGUGGCCAAGACCAAGAACAACCUGGUGA